UUGAAUAGAUACUGUGUAGUCUAAUGUUACAUUUGGCUUAACUUGGUUAAUUUAUGUUUGAGAUCAAGUAAAUAUUUAUCUGGUGCAAACAAGAAAUUACAGACAAAGUGUUGUAGAUGCUUCCACUGCAUUUGCUACGACCUUUAAUUGCAGUAACUUUACAUACAAGAGCUUUUAGUUUAUCUUUGCAAAGAAAUAUGCGACUGCUACAGUUCUUGCAAGAUGGAAAACAAAGUGUUGGUGCAGAAUUGCAGGAUACAUCUAUAGUGAACUUGAGUAGUUCCAAUCCUCAGAUUCCAAACAGUUUGGUCAAAUUUCUUGAAAGUGGAGAAUCCAAUUUUAAUCUUGCUAAGAAAGCACUAGAAAGUAGUACAAAGCAGUUUGUUCAGCGCAGUGACAUAAAGAUCUUAUCCCCUAUUACCAAUUGUGAAAAGGUUAUAUGUGUUGGAAUGAACUACAAAGACCACUGCGAAGAACAAAACAUGCCUAUUCCAACAGAACCGGUUAUAUUUAGCAAGUUUCCAAGUUCCAUUAUCGGUGAUGGUGAUGACAUCAUUAUUCCAAAAAUAUCAGAUUCUGUUGACUGGGAAGUAGAAUUGGCUGUAAUUAUUGGCAAAGAAGGAAAACAUAUAAAGGAAUCCAAUGCUUUGGAUUAUGUGGCAGGUUACACAGUUGCCCAUGAUGUCAGUGCAAGGGAUUGGCAAAUGAAGAGAAACUCAAAACAAUGGCUGCUUGGAAAAACAUUUGAUACAUUUUGUCCGCUUGGACCAGUGAUGGUCACAAAGGAUGAAAUAAAGGAUCCCCAUAAUUUAUCUCUGGAAUGUUUGGUGAAUGGAGAAGUCAUGCAGAGCAGUAACACAAACCAACUGGUGUUCAGUAUUGAGACUUGCAUUGCUUGGAUAUCAAGAGUCUUUACUUUAAGACCUGGUGAUGUGUUGUUGACAGGUACUCCUCCAGGUGUAGGGGUGUUCAGGAAUCCUCCAGUCUUUUUAAAAGCUGGGGAUACUGUAGUAUGUGAUAUAGAAGGAAUUGGGAAAAUAACCAACAAGAUGGUGGCUGAGUAAAAGAGGAUCAAAUUCAAUCUAAAUUGUGCAAUAAUUACUAGCUAGCUACACGGCCAUUUAAUUAUGGCAGAAAUGUUAUUAAAAAGAUGUUUGCUGUGUGUGCCGUUUUUUUGAAAGUGUUUUUCUCAUACAAAAAAAUAACCCUAAAAGCAUUUUUAUCAAGUCAUUUUUUUGAAAAUGUAUUCUCUUUUGCUUUAAAAUUCUAAAUCCGUCUAUCAUUGAAAUUAAACACAAUGUAAUAAUUGCAAUUAGCAUUGUUACACAAAAAGCCUGUUGGCGAGUUAGCAUUGCAUAUUAGUUUUUUCUACGAGUUGUUAUUUUCGAUCACUUGAUUACUAAAACGAAAUGUGCAAACAUCUGUAAUGUAUAUUAUCCUUUGCU